AUGAGGAGAAUUAGAGCUGGAUUGUUGUCAGUGUGGUGCUAUGAAGAAUCCUGUCUUAGAUUCUUUGCUAAAUUUCUGCUGGGGGUCCUAGGGUUCAUCUUCUGUGGUGCUGUUGUGGCUCUAGCCUUUGGUGGAGUUUUUGUGCUUCUGAUAUAUGAGAACUACAUUUAUUUAUUUCAAGAGUCUUUCUUUCCUCUCCCUGGCUGGUUAGCUGUUGCAGCUGCACUUAUCCUGCUACCUACUGGAGUUUUGGCUAUCUCUAUUUCUGCUAAGAACUCCUGCUAUCAGCAAGGGGCUCUUACAUACUUGCUGUUGGUCCUUCUAUGCCUAGAAACAUCUUUGGCAGUUCUGACACAGUUCUACUAUAUUUGGAUGGCUUCUGAGCUGAAAAGAACUAUGGGUUACCUCAUUUAUCAGUAUAACAGAACAGAUUCCCAGGGCUCUGACAUCAGAACUGUGGAUGAAGUACAGAGGAAGCUGCAGUGUUGUGGGGUCCACAACUACACAGACUGGCUAAAGGCAACAGAUGCUUCUUGGCACCUUUCAGCUGAAAAAGCUCAUGUCCCUCAAAGCUGCUGUAAGGAGAAAUAUUCUUACUGUAGGGGUGACUUAGGACAUCUGGAGCAGAUUUUUCAGGAAGGCUGUCUAAAGAAGCUGGAAGACCAGUUGCAUUUUGUCAUACUCUACCUGUUUUGGUGCUGUAUUGCGCUAAUCAUCUUAGAGCUGUUGGCUGGUGUCAGCAUCAGCAUCCUCAUGAGGCCUCAGCCUUUCCACAGACUUCGAAUUCUGGACUCAUGUAACUUAUGGAUCUGCAGACGCUGA